GUUCGUCAUUUACGGGUUAGUUCAACUAUUUUUGAAGGGUGGCAGUCGUUCCCCUUUACCUUUUUUGUGAAUUAAUAAAUUGAUUGAGUAAACGCAUUUCAGUCAUAAAAUCUUUUCGUUCCUUACUUUCUUCGCGUACUGAAGGAUGUUUUCCGAUAGUACCUGAAGGCAGCACAAACCAACGAACUGUCCUCUUAAAAUUCACCUCUCUUAUGGACACUCCCUCGGCUAGCGGAAUGGCCGAAUUCUUUCGUUUCCACUUAUUUAUUUGGCUUCUGGAGAAACCAGGGCUGACAUGACAGCCCCGGGAAGAGAGAGAAGCUCCCCGCAGCAUCCCGUUCGACAAGCGAAGGGAUGCACGGCGAGUCUGUAUGCGGUUUUGGUCGCACUAUGUGUGUUAUGCUACAGCAACUCUAUCCAUGGCGAGUUGGUGCACGACGAUGUUUGGGCUAUUAUCAACAACCCAGACGUCCGACCGACUUCAAGUCUCCAAAACAUCUUCCGGAACGAUUUUUGGGGCAAGAGGAUGUCUGAUAAUUCCAGCCAUAAAUCCUACAGGCCGUUUUGCAUCCUGACCUUUAAGUUGAAUAUCCUUCUGGGUGGAAUGACACCGGUGUACUUCCACAUGGUCAACGUGUGUCUGCACUGCGCUGUAACCUGCUUGCUGAUGCGCACCUGUAAGCUGUGUGUGUUUGAAGAAUCACAUCUGGCCUUCAUCACAGCCGUCCUGUUUGCAGUACACCCUGUCCACACAGAGGCGGUCUCCGGCAUCGUGGGUAGAGCUGACGUAUUAGCUUGUCUUCUCUUCUUGCUAGCUUUUCUUUCCUAUAUAAGAAGUGUUGGUGUGAUGACGUCUGAAGACUCGACACCCUGUACGGCGUCAGCAGGGUCUUUGCUCAUCAGUUUGCUCCUGGGGACCUGCGCCAUGUUGGUGAAGGAAACUGGCAUUACUGUGUUCGGCGUGUGCAUGUUCUACGACGCCCUCGUGCUCUGCGGCAAGCAGCUUUUCAGUCACCUGUCUGGAUCUGGCGUUAGACAACUUGUUCAUAUCUGGAAACCCUUCUUUAAGCGAGCCUUUGUGGUGACUACUUAUGUAUUGGCCAUUUUAUCAAUCAGACUGUGGUUAAUGGGAGGUUCGAUGCCUCUUUUCUCUGAACAGGACAAUCCUGCAUCCUUUGCACCUUACUUGCUUACUAGAGUUUUGACAUACUCUUACCUACUGUACUUCAACACCUGUUUGCUGCUGGCCCCCAUUGUACUGUGCUACGACUGGCAAGUGGGUAGUAUCCCUCUUGUUGAGUCACUGACAGACAUUCGCAAUCUGGCCACCGUGUUGCUCUCUGUGGUGAUGUUUGCCCUCUGCCGCCAUUGCGUCCAUUCGCUGAAGAAACGAAAGAACGAAGUGUUGAUGGGAAUCUUGUUUUUAGUAUUUCCUUUCAUUCCUGCAAGUAAUCUAUUCUUCAGAGUGGGAUUUGUUGUGGCUGAAAGGGUCCUCUACAUGCCAAGUAUGGGUUACUGUAUCCUGGUGGUUCAUGGAUUUAGUCGGCUGGUUUCUUUGGCUGGCCGUUGGGGCACCACGUUCCUCAGUGCCUCAAUGCUGUUGCUGCUGCUGCUCUUCUCCUGCAAGACUGUUCAGCAGAACAAAGUCUGGCUUUCCAGGGAAGCCCUCUUCAGUUCUGGUAUCUGGACUCUGCCACAUAACGCCAAAGUCCAUUACAACUACGCCAACUACCUGAAGGACAACACUCGACACCAAGAAGCCAUUUACCACUACAGCAUCGCUCUCAGGUUGUACCCCCGCCAUGCCAGUGCGAUGAACAAUCUUGGCACUCUGACGCACAAUCCAGAGGAGGCUGAGCGCUACUACAGGAGAGCACUGGAUAUCAAUCCUCAGCAUAAUCGAGCACUCUUCAACCUGGGAAAUCUUCUCAAGUUACAGGGGAAGGAGAAGGAAGCGGAGACAUUGUUGUUGGACUCUAUACACUAUGGUCCACAUUUUGCAGAUGCUUAUUCCAGUCUUGCUUCACUCUAUGCUGACCAGAAACGCUAUCCCGAAGCCCAUGAAAUGUAUCUAAAAGGUAUAGAGAAUUGUCCUGACAACUCAGACCUGCAUAACAACUAUGGUGUAUUUCUGGUGGAUACUGGAAAGGAGGAGCUGGCAGCUGCUCACUAUCAGCAAGCAAUACAACUCAAACCAUCUCACUACGUUGCCAUGGUGAACUUGGGCCGUCUUCUCCGCUCCUCCAAUUUGAACAAAGAGGCCGAGUUCUGGUAUAAGAGAGCACUUCAAGUGACAAGAACGGUGGAGAUCCUCGCACCACUUGGGGCACUUUACUACAACACGGGGCGCUACGAUGCAGCGCUGCGUGUUUACAGAGAGGCUGUUAGCCUACAGCCGGAAAACACCGACAUAUGGCUAGCACUGGCACAGGUGUUGACUAUGGCCGGUCAUACGAACGAAUCGGAGAAAAUGACCCGUGACAUAAUUUCUAGAGGGAACAGCUGCAUUGAAUGUUACCGCCUCCUGUCUUCCAUCUAUAGCAAACAUGGCAACCAUGCCGAGGCUCUUGAAGCUCUGAACGGGGCUCUCCAGCUGAAUCCUAAUGAUCUCGCAGUGAAAGCGGAGUUAUAUUUCUCCAAAGGGAACCAGCUACGAGAGAUGAACCAGUUGGACCUAGCUUUUGAGAGCUAUAAAUUAGCUGUGGAGCUCAAACCUGAUCAAUCACAAGCCUGGAUGAACAUGGGAGGGAUUCAACAUAUUAAGGGAGACUAUGCAGCAGCUCGGAUGUACUACCAGAGAGCCUUGAAUCUAAAUCCCGGUUCCAAACUACUAAAAGAGAAUCUGGAGAAGCUGGAUCGGCUCGAGAAGAGGAUAACAGGGGUGCCGUAGUCAGACCACGGGACUUUGCCAUGAAUUGCCCUAAUGUCCUUUUUCAUACCCGGAUGUACUACCAGAGAGCUUUGAAUCUAAAUCCCGGUUCCAAACUACUAAAAGAGAAUCUGGAGAAGCUGGAUCGGCUCGAGAAGAGGAUAACAGGGGUGCCGUAGUCAGACCACGGGACUUUGCCAUGAAUUGCCCUAAUGUCCUUUUGCAUACCCUAAGCAAAUCUGUUUCCUUACUAUGUUUCUCACAGUGGAAAUGGACCGCUUAAAUCUUUAAGAGGGAUUGUUUUUACCCCUUCCUUAAAUAAUGUUUUGUCAGACCACGGAACAUUGCUAUGAAUGUCCGAAAUCCAAACGUGCUUUUGCAUAUCUUAUGCACGUCUGGUUCCUUACUAUGUUCCUCUAAUUGGAAUCUUGCAGCUGAAAUCCGGUUAGAUGGAUGUUUUUUCUCCCUUCCCUUAAAUUAUGACGUUGAACUAUCUUUGCUUUCAGGUCAUUUGAGAAGUGUUUUAAAGCCCUACUCCUCACUGGAGAUUCAAAGAGAAACAUUUAAUUGGCUUGCUAAGCUUACGAGUCAAUUUGGUUUCCAAUGCUAAAGGUAUUCAAAUCAAAAUGACUUUUUCAUACCACUGUAUUAUUACCUGCAAAUAUCUACUGUAUUAUACAUUAUAAUGUACUUAUAAUAAAAUAUUUGGGAGUACUUUUAUUAACAUUUCAGAGGACAAAUAAAUGUGUUGGGGAUGGGUAAUACGACACUGAAAGGAUUCAAUACAAUACAGAUGAGAUUAGUUGCUGGCGAGGCAUGAAGUGUAACUAUAGUUACCAAUUUCUAAGACAAAGUGGUGUAUUUUUUUUCCCAAUA